CUGCAGCUCCUCCCCAGGAGGGAAAGAGAAAGUGAAAGAUUUCAGAGUCUUCAGACUCUUCAGAGAGGAAGACAGACACUCGUCCUCCUGAGAGACGGCAGACAUGGACGACCGGCCUCUGCUCAGAGACGAGUCCGAGGAAGAAGUUCCAGCUUCUUGGAGGAAGUUCUCCAUCAUCCUGACAGGAAGAACAAACGGAGCUCAUCAGUCUGUUGUUAGAACCUUUAAAUCUGUGGGUCAAACUGAGGCGACGUCUCCUGGAGACGCUGACUACUGUCUGGCUUUCUGUCCCAUCUCGUCUCGGGUUGGGACAGACGUCAGUGAGGCCAUGGACCAUCUUCCUGCUGGUAAAGACGCCGUUCUGGUGGUGAUGCAUCACACCUUCAAUCCUGAACAAGUGAUUCCUCCGAGCCGCAGAGUGGUGACAGACCGGAGAGUCCAGCUGACUCUGGACUGUCUGUUCCACCAGAACAAUCUGCUCAGCUGUGAACUCAACAGGAACAUGGAGAACGACAUCAAGAGGUUCUUCAGAGCCUCCUGGUUCCAGAUGUUCUGCCAGUGGAUCCUGUGGUUCCUCCUGAUGCUACCGUCACCUGUAACAUCCCCGGUCCUGUUGAUCGCUGCACGUCUUCAGUUGGUUCUGGAUCAGACCGGUCUGAGGCACUGGGUCAUCAGAUUUCGAACCAGACCCUGGAGAACUCUGGUGAACCUUCUCCACAGCACCUUCACCAGCAUCAAGGAUCGAUUUGGGAUUAGAUAAAUAUCCAAACACAGUGUCGUGCGUUCGUCUUCACGUCUCAGUCGUUCUGUAAUGGAACCGGCAGGAUGGAGGACGGAGGGCUGAGUGUGAGGAGGAGGAGGAGGAGGAGGAGGAGGACUGCAGUGAUGAAGAGGCAGCAUGAAGGAGGCGAGGAGCGACUCUGUGACGCUUGAGUGGAAAUAAAGAGUCUAAACAUCACGUCUGACGACCGAGGCUCAUCUGUGGAAACCAAACGUUUAUUUAGUGAAGUGUCCAAUCAGCAUGACCUGCCGACCUUCUGCUGGGGGAGGGGCAACUUUUCCAAAAUACCGUCUCCAUGGAAACAGGAGAAAAGGCAUCUUUUUGAAAACACCUUGCCUCUGUCUCCAUGGAAACGGGAGGAAACGCUGCUGCUGAGCGUGUGCUUCCCGGUGGCGGUCAGUAGGGGGAGUCUGGAGCUGACGCUCUGAACCCUGCCGAUCCUCCAGUGGACGAAGGGUUUGGAACGUCUCACCGUCUGGUUUUCCUCGCUGCCUGAUGCCGUCCUCUACACCCAGAGAGCCAGUCCAGCCUCAGCUGUGUCCACCGACUGCUGUUACUUUUAAACAGUAUUUAGUUACAGUUACUUCUUCAAAAACAGCAUCUUAACACCAACCAAUUAGGAGGCGAAGUAACUAUUGUGUUAUUUAAAAAGUAUUUAAAUACGUCUGGAUCUUCUGUAAUGGUGCGUUCACACCGGACGCGUUGCAAGCAUCACGGGCAUCACUGACGCCUCAAAGUUGACGCGUGUAAAGUGUGGAAUUCAUCUACACACGACGCUUGCAACACGCGCGACGCGCGGCAACUCAUUGGCGGGAGUGGGAGGAGCUUCUGUGUCCUGUCUUCAUGUUGACAAUAGCGGAUCCCAUCGAGGCACUGGCUUGGCUUUAUUUAAUAAAGAAAGCCAGAAAACGGCAUCGUCAGGCGCCUGUGCGGCGUUUUUGGGUUCAUCCCAUCCUGCAGCGGCGUUCGCAAUUUGGCAAAUUUCACCAUUUGCUCCAGGAGCUGCGUGAGGACGAGGUUCGCUUUCAGCGGUACUUCCGCUUCUUCCGGGACCAGUUUGACGACUUUCUGGGCCGCAUGAGCGCUCUCGAGAUGCGUGGAUUGCGGUUGCACCUGCGGAGCCCGCGGAUAACCGCGGAUCAGGCGGAUGCCGUGUCGAAAAAUUAAGAUUUUAAUUACAAUCGGGCGGGUUGCGGUUGAAGCACUCAACUUAAAAAAAAAAGCAAUUUCAAUACACCUAAACACUAUUCUGCGGAUGCCGGGCGGGUUCAGUUUUGAAAAUCGAUUUUAAAAAAAAAUCGUUCAUAUGGGCAGAUAGCGGGCGGAUGGAGAUUUUAAGGAGCGAUUGCGGAUGGAAAAAUGAGCCAUCCGCGCAUCUCUACAGCGCUCAGAGUGCUCGUCUGUGAUUGGAUGACGCUCGGCGUUGACGCUUCCAAAGUUCAAUUUUCCCAACUUCAGGCGUUGACGCCUGCAACGCGUGAACACGUGUGACGUGCAUGAUGUGCGUCGCCAACACUUGAAAAGCUCGGAAAGCGCCGCUCGAAAAGCACCUGACGCGCGUCCACCAUAGACUUUGAAUGUAAAAGCAACGCCUGUGACGCUUGCAACGCGUCCGGUGUGAACGCACCAUAAUGGAAUUUUAAGAUCAUGUUCAAUUAUUGAUUAUAGAGCUGAUCAUAUGAUUAAUGACAUAAAUGAAGACUUGACAGGAAACGACUGGCACUGCUGCUGGGCAACAACAGAAACAUCUGGGACUGCAGUGCCAUUACUAUCACGGAAUCGUGGCUACACCCACUCAUUCCCGACGCCGCGGUUCAGCUGACAGACCGUAACCUGCACCGUCACGACCGCAACGCUGACUCCGGUAAGAGCAGAGGACGGGGACUUUGCAUCUAUACACACAAUGAAUGGUGCACAAAUAGCAGAAUUAUAUGCACCCACUGCUGUCCGGACUAGGAGGUCAUCUCGGUCAUGUGUAGACCUUUUUAUCUCCCGCGGGAGAUCAGUGUGGUGGUCUUAACAGCAGUCUAUAUUUCACCGGAUGCCGAUGUGAGCCGAGCCUUCUUGUACCUGCACGACGUCAUCAACAAGCAGAUGCGGGAUCACCCAGAUGGAGCCAUUGUUGUUGCCGGAGAUUUUAAUAGAGCUUGCCUAAAGACCGUCCUCCCCAGAUUUGUGCAAUAUGUGCAAUGUCCAACCAGAGGAGAGAACACUUUGAACAGGGUCUACUCCAACCUUAAGCAGGCCUACAAAGCUGUCCCCCUACCCCACCUGGGCCUGUCAGACCACCUCUCCCUGCUCCUCGUUCCUGCUACAGCACCAUCAGGAGGAGAACAAAGCCAGUGACUAAGACUGUUAAAAUCUGGCCAGCAGCAGCACUCAGCCCGCUACAGGACUGCUUCCAGAGCACAGAGUGGUCUGUAUUUAAUCAUACUGACCUACAGGAGCGCACAGAUGCCGUGUUAUCCUAUAUCAGUUACUGUACAGACACUGUGACUGUGGACCAGCGGAUCAGGGUUUAUUCGAACCAAAAACCUUGGAUGGCAUCAGAGGUGAGGACUCUCCUGAGAGCACGGAAGUCUGCCUUUAAACCAGGGGACAGGGCCCUGUCCAGCACAGCCAGAUCCCACCUCAGGAGAGGUAUCACAGCGGCGAAGGAGGACAAGGGGAAGGUGGAAUCCCACCUUGAGAACAACGAUCCACGGCGGAUGUGGCGAGGGAUCCAGCAGCUGACCAAGUACAAAAGCAGGUCGCAGGCUGCAGUCAACACAAGGGCCUCGCUCGCGGAUGAACUUAACAGCUUCUUCGCUCGCUUCGAGUCAUCAAGAUCAGCCACUCCGUUGGAGCCUUGUCGACCCGCCAGCCCCCAGCCUCUCACUCUCCAGGAACAUCAGGUGAGGCAGUGAAGCAUCAGGCAGGCACUGAAGGCAGUAAAUCCAAGGAAAGCUGCUGGACUGGACGGCGUUCUUGGAACUGUGCUCCGUGCCUGCGCAGACCAGCUAGCAGGAGUUCUGAUGGGGAUUUUCAACUCAUCCCUGUCACUGGCUGAAGUACCACCCUGUCUGAAGGUAGCUACCAUCAUCCCAGGACCCAAGACCACCGCCACCAGAGACCUGAAUGACGGCAGACCAGUGGCGCUGAUGUCUGUGGUGAUGAAGAGCUUUGACAGGCUUGUUCUCCAGCACCUUAAAGCCUGUCUCCCCCAGAACUUCGAUCCACACCAGUUCGCCUAUAGAGCAAACCGGUCCACGGAUGAUGCCAUCUCCACGGCUCUUCAUACAGCCCUGACCCAUCUAGAGCGCCCAGGAACCUACGUCAGGAUGCUGUUCGUCGACUACAGCUCAGCGUUCAACACCAUCAGCCCUGACAUCCUGACGGAGAAGCUGGCGGACCUAGACUUGGACCCCCUGGUGUGCUCCUGGAUCAAGAACUUCCUGACCAAGCGACCACAGGUUGUGAAGGUGGGUCAGCUCUACUCAUCCACCCUGACACUCAGCACCGGUUCCCCCCAGGGCUGUGUACUGAGCCCCCUCCUGUACGCCCUCUACACAUAUGACUGUACACCCACCCACCCUUCAAACACCAUUAUUGAGUUUGCCGAUGACACCACUGUGGUUGGCCUCAUCUCCGGGUGAUGAAACGGCGUACAGGGAGGAAAUACAGGCGCUGGCAGGGUGGUGUCUUAAGAACAAUCUGGAGCUGAACACCAAGAAGACCAAAGAGAUGGUCAUUGAUUUCAGGAGGCAUAGGGGUGUACAUGUCCCACUAUCCAUCAACGGGGUCUGUGUGGACAGAGUGGCCUCAUUCAAGUUCCUGGGGACUCAUUUAUCAGAGAACCUCACCAAAAAGGCUCAGCAGAGACUCCACUUCCUCAGAGCUGAGGAGGAACCGUCUGCAGGAGAGGCUGCAGGUGUCUUCCUGUAGGGCCACCAUGGAGUCUGUGCUGAACAACUGUGUGACUGUCUGGUUUGCGGCCUGCUCCACCGCAGACAGGAAGGCUCUGCAGAGGGUCAUCAGGACGGCAGAGAGAAUCCUCGGCUGCCCUCUGCCCCCUCUGGAGAGCAUCGCAACCUCCCGCUGUAUCAGCAGAGGGAAAAAGAUCUGGUCAGACAACACACACCAUGGCCGGGAACUGUACAGCCUGCUGCCACCAGGGAAGACACUGAGAUCCUUAAAAUGCAGAACAAACAGGCUGAGGAACAGUUUCUACCCUUGGUCCAUUAGACUCCUCAACUCUUCCGAUUUGUCUGCUUGAUGCUCAGUAACGUUUGCAGACACUGUGCAGCGUCUGUCAGUAUUGUGUAUAUAUGUAUGUUUUUUUUUUAUUAAGGUACAUGUGUUUAUUUUCAUUAGUAUUCUUGUACAUAUGUGUAUUUUAUUCUUUUUUAUUAUUUAAACUGACAUAUAUUUUUCGUCUUCAUCUACUGUCUGUUGCACCGACCAGUGGAAACAUAAGCUUUUUCGUCAUGCUAGUAUGAUGACAAUAAACAUAUUCUGAUUCUGAUUCUGACAUUAAUCUGCAUGAUUCUAAUGUUGCUGUGAGACAAUAUGAGAGAAAACACCCAUCAGUUUCAUUUAGAGCUGGAGAUAAUGGUUCUGCAUUUAUAAAAAAAAGAAAACACAAUAGACUUAUAUCAAUGGACGUCUGGACCAAUCAGCGAGGCGUGGAACCUGAAGUCCCUCCUCUUCCUCCCGGACAGCUGAUCGCAGCAGUUCUAAACAGUUCCACCCUGGAAGUCGGUUCCUCAAACUGGUGUUUUCCCGUCUCCAGUUCUGAAGCAGGACUUGAUUCCUGAAGCUCCUCUCCCAGGAGGGAAAUAGAAAGGGUUAAAGAAUUCCAGAGAGGAAGACAAACACUCGUCCUGCUGUGAGAGAUGGCAGACAUGGAGGACGGCUAUCAGCAGAUCGGAAGCAAGUCGGAGGACCGAGCUCCAG